AUGGUCCUCAGAAAGUUUAGCUCGGAUGGGCUGGACAGCCUGUGUACCCGUGAACAGCUCGAUCUCUUGAACGCCAUAGACACGCUACGUUCCCAGGGGAUCAGCCACUAUGUGUCUCUGCCGCAAAUAAUUGUCUGCGGCGACCAGUCCUCAGGAAAGAGUUCUGUUCUUGAGGCAAUAUCCGGUGUCUCCUUUCCCGUUAAGAGCAAUCUCUGCACACGGUUCCCAACGGAGCUCGUACUCCGGAAGGAUGCCAAUGCGGAACAACGGUCACUGGGGAGUUUCUGCGAAGAGCUCGACGGCUUCGAUGGACUUCCGCAACUAGUCGAUAACGCGAAAGCAGCGAUGGGCAUAUCUACUCAUGGGAAAGCCUUCUCGAAUGAUCUUCUCCGUAUUGAAGUAUCAGGACCAGAUCGACCGCACUUGACUAUCGUUGACCUACCGGGACUGAUACACUCGGAGACAAAACAGCAAUCAGCAGCAGAUGUCCAGCUAGUGCAGAAUGUGGUCCAGUCAUAUAUGAAAGAACCGCGAAGUGUCAUUCUUGCAGUGAUAUCGGCCAAAAAUGAUUACGCAAACCAAAUUGUCUUACGCCUGGCAAGGGAUGCUGAUAAAUCGGGCGAUCGAACCUUGGGUGUUAUCACUAAGCCCGAUACAUUGGUCCCGAAUUCCGAAAGUGAGAAGAUGUUCAUUUCACUGGCAAACAACCGAGACGUUGAAUUUCGGCUGGGAUGGCAUACGCUGAGAAACAUGGAUAGUGAUAAGGGAAGCUGGAGCCUGUCCGACCGUGGUAGAAAAGAGCGCGAAUUCUUUUCCCAGGGUGCGUGGGCGGAGAUGCCGUCUGCAUGGGUUGGAAUAAACUCCCUGCGAAACCGCCUUAGCAAGGUGCUUCUGCGGCAAAUUGCAGCUGAGCUUCCAAGCCUUAUCGAUGAAAUCAAAGCAAAAGAAUAUGAUUGCAGCCAGCAACUGACCAAGCUUGGUCAGCCACGAACCACCCUGGAUGAACAGAAGACCUAUCUUCUUAAGAUCAGUCAAUCGUUUCAGACCUUGGUCAAGGCAGCCAUCGAUGGCACAUACAAUGAACCGUUCUUCGAGCGCACCCACUCCUCUACAGGGCAACAAAAGCGUCUUCGUUCCGUUAUUCAAAACCUGAACGAAGAAUUUGCUGAGCAGCUUAAUAGACAAGGCAACUACCGUAAGAUUGUGGAAAAGAAGCCUCAGGAUAAUGACCUUGAGGAACAGCUGUCGAUUACACGAAGCGAAUUUAUUAACCACAUUCAGCAGCACAUGAAACGAACUAGGGGCCGGGAGCUGCCAGGAACAUUUAAUCCGAUGAUCAUCGGCGAACUUUUCCAGGAGCAAUGCAGUCCCUGGAAAGAUCUAACCUAUCAACAUAUUCUUGGGACUUGGGAGGCGGUUGGGGAAUUUCUAUCACUUCUCACAGAUUAUGUUGCUGAUGAAGCCACUUCUGUGAUUCUUUUUGACAAGGUCAUCUCGCCCGCACUCAAUCAGCUCAAAGAGAGCCUGAUUAAGGCUGGCGAAAAACUAGUGGGAAGUCACCUCCAAGGUCAUCCAAUCACAUAUAACCACUACUUCACAGAGAACAUACAGAAAAUUCGUGCGGAUAGACGUGAAGUUGCCUUGCGCCAAACGAUUAAGAAUUUCUUUCGAGUGGACAACCUAGUAAAGACGUAUCUCGAUGGGUACUACGAUCUUGAGGGGCUGGUUAAAUUACUUUUGAAGUUUGAUGAGCCGGAUAUGAUGCGGUUUGCAUCAGCCGAGGCUUUGGAUUGCAUGCUCGCUUAUUACAAGGUGGCUCUGAAAAGGUUCAUAGAUGACGUUGCAGUUGAAGUUGUGGAGGUCAAACUGGUCCAGUCUCUCCCCGGUCUCUUUACACCCCUCAAAGUAUUCGAGAUGCCAUCUGAGCUAGUAGGACGCAUUGCCGGCGAAUCUGACGAAAACCGCGCACUGCGGGAACAAUUGGACAAGAAGUUGCAAAUUCUUGAGAAAGGCCUGAGGACUUGCCGACAAUUUGCUAGUGAUCGCGGCGUGGUUGGGAAUAGCAUCAAAGAAACGCGUCAUCAAGAUGGCAGGGCAGGAGAAGCAAACGGCCUUGGGUUAUCACCAACUAAGGAUGAGAACGAUAGCCUUGCACAAGAAUGUGCCGACUCAGGUGCCGAAGUAUCUUCUCCACCAGCGGAAGCCCCGGAGAUUAGUGAGGAUUACGGUGGGCCAGCAGAUGAUUCGCCGUCAUUUGUGGAGGUGAACACUACUUCCCCGCCUGAAGAUGCGUCUUCAUUUGGGGAGUCUGCCUCCAGGGCGAAGAAAGACAAGAAAAAGAAGAAGAAGACACUGGAUUCUUUCUGA